AUGCUCGAAACAAUCGCUUUUGAAAUACCAAAUUUAGACCUUCCACCAACCGAAGUUCCACAACGAAUUUCCGAAGGAGAUAAUGUUAGACCAAAACGAAUUCCAAAACCUCGCUCCAACAAGCAUUCACCUACUCAAACAAAUCCUAAUUUAAAUAUUAAUCUAGGAUCGGUGCCAACAGUAACAAGUUCAACAACGAAAGCUACAGCUAGUGCGACAAAAUGUUCAUUACCUUUGAAGAUUUUCAUCUCAACACUAAUUGCAUUAGUUGCAGCAGCUGGAAUUGUUGGUCCAGCUGUCUAUUUCAGUCAACAAGCAAAAACGACGACUGUAGCUGUUGCACGUCUAGCUGUCACUUCCCAAACAACUAGCACAACAACGACUACGGAUACAACGAGUACUACUGAAACGACUACUACCACCACCAGUACCACUACUACUAGUGAAACCACUACUACUAGUACCACUAGCACAACUAGUACAUCCACUACCAGUGAAACCACUAGUACCAGUUCAACGAGCUCAACUUCCACCACGGAUACCACCAGUACUAGUAGUACAAUACCAGCACGACUAGUACUUCUACGACCAGUGAAACAACAAGUACAAGUAGUACCAGUACUACGAGCACUUCUACAACCAGUGAAACCACAAGUACGAGCAGCACAAGUACAACGAGCACUACGAGCACCAGUACUACAAGCACGACUACCACCACUGACACCACAAGCACAAGUAGUACCAGUACCACCAGCACUUCUACAACCAGUGAAACCACAAGUACAAGCAGCACAAGUACAACUAGUACCACGAGCACUACUACGACUACGACGAGCGAAACAACAAGCACUAGUAGCACUAGCACUACCAGUACCACCAGCACUAGUACUACUACUACAAGCACUACUAGUGAAACGACAAGUACAAGCAGCACGAGUACAACCAGUACGACUAGCACCAGCACCACUACCACUAGCGAAACGACGAGCACUAGUAGUACCAGCACGACUAGUACUUCUACAACCAGUGAUACCACGAGCACAAGUAGUACCAGUACAACAAGUACUUCUACAACUAGUGAAACUACAAGUACGAGCAGUACGAGUACUACCAGCACUACUACAACUACUACGACCGAUACAACAAGUACCAGUAGCACUAGCACUACUAGCACAACCACUACUAGUGCAACAACAAGCACCACUAGUACCAGCACGACAAGUACUACCAGUACUACCACAACCACCACAAGCCAAACAACAAGUACAAGUAGUACUAGUACUAGUACUACUAGCACAUCUACUACUAGUGCAACAACAAGCACCAGUAGUACCAGUACAAGUAGCACGUCAACCACCAGCGCGACAACAAGUACGAGCAGUACUAGCACAACGAGCAGCACUAGUGCGACGACGAGCACGAGCAGUACGAGUACAACAAGUACCAGUAGUACCAGCGCGACUACAAGUACCACGAGUACAAGCACGACUACCACUAGGACGACCACCACUAGCGCGACCACAAGUACCAGCAGCACGAGUACCACUAGUACCAGCACUUCGACUACCAGCGCAACCACAAGUACUACUAGUACGAGCACGACAAGUACGACUACGACUAGGACGACCACUACUAGCGCGACAACAAGUACUAGUACAAGUUCAACGACUUCGACUAGCGCCACAACAAGCACGACUACUACAACUCGAACAACAACGACCAGUACGAGUACAAGCACCACAUCCACUGCUUGUUUGCCCGUGUGUCAGAACGGUGGUACGUGCAAUUCUCCUGGAAGUUGUACUUGUACAUCGAGUUGGACUGGUGCAACAUGUACAACGCCCGUGUGUUCUCCAACAUGUUCAAAUGGUGGUACAUGUACUUCACCGAAUACUUGUUCAUGUACAUCAAGUUGGACUGGGUCAAGAUGUACAACACCCGUGUGUUCUCCAACAUGUUCAAACGGUGGUACAUGUACUGCACCAAAUACUUGUGCUUGUACAUCAAGUUGGCAAGGCGCUUCUUGUCAAUCAGUCGUGUUAUUAUGGUAAAGAUAAAGUUCGUUUAAUCAAUGGAAAUGAACGUUCAAUAGAAUCAUUACAAAUUGGUGAUCGUGUUUGGACAAUAAGUUCUGAUGGAAAAUCUUUAAUUGAAGAUGAAAUUAUUUUAAUGAUGCAUAAUGGACGAAAUGUUUCGACAUUAUUUUAUACAUUUAAAACAAUUGAUGGAAAUGAACUAAGUUUAACAGAUCGACAUAAUCUUCCAAUUUAUGAUAAAAAAGAAAAUCAAAUCAAAAUUGUUCGUUCAUCAUUAGUUAAACGUGAACAUUAUUUAUUAAUGAAUAAUUAUAAAAUUCCAAUUGAAAAUAUUUCAUUAAAUACAAAAAUUGGUUUUUAUUCUCCAUUAACAUUAACUGGUUAUUUAACUGUGAAUAAUAUUUCCACAUCUGUUUUCUCUGAUAGUUAUAAAGUUUCAUCCGACACAGUUCAAUUUGUAUUUUUUCCAGUUCGUAUUUAUUAUCGUUUAACUCGAUGGAUUUAUGGAGAAAAGUAUAUUCCAUUUACUGAAAUCAUCGAUGGACUUCAUCCAAUCGCACAAAUGUAUAAAGAAUAUCAAAGUUUUCUGCGAUUUCUCGUUCGACUUCCAGAAUAUUUCUUUUCAACAUUAAUUUUAGCUUUAAUUCUUCAUUUUUUACAAAAAUUCAUUAAACAAUGA